GGAUAGUGCUGACCCGAAGGAGACCGGAGAGAAAAGAUAAAGAGCGUUUGAUGGAGGAGUGUUGGUAAGCUACGGCAGAGUCGAGUUGCGGAUAGAAGGAAAGAGAACGAUGGCGGUUUUAUGUCUAAGAGAGAGAGACGCUGACAUCUGAGACACACUCCUUGAGUGUCACAACAGAUUAUCAGGACAUCACAGGCUCAUCCCACCCGCAUAUCUCUAAGCUGACCCCAUAACAGAGGGCUGGCUGGAUGGGAUUGAAGGCGCUCUAGACAUCAAGACACAUCAUCCUCGCAGCACUGCCAGAGACGCGGUCCUUGAGUGUCACAAGCGGUGGGGUCCCACACAGAGAGUCGAUUAUCAGGACAGCACAGGCUCAUCCCACCCGCAUAUCUCUAAGCUGACCCCUUAACAGAGGGCUGGCUGGAUGGGAUUGAAGGCGCUGGAGACAUCAAGACACGUCAUCCUCACAGCACUGCCAGUCUUUCUGGUCAUACAGUGAGAUGUCUUAUGGCCUCCGGUUCUUGGCUGUCCAUCUGAGGAGGGAAUCCUAGAAGAGAAGAAGCAGACAUUUUGGAGGGAAGUAGGCUUUCCACAGAGCAUGGCCUCAGCUGAAGUUGAUGACAUGGAUCAAGGAGCAGCACACAUUAAACAAGAGGACUGUGAGCACGGUGUACCAGAAGUUGCGUAUGUGAAGCUGGAGGAUUGUGAAGGAGGACUUUCAGUUUUUAAAGAGGAGGAGACUGGUGACAUUAAAGUUGAGCAUUCCAAGGAUUUCUCGGUUAGCCUUGGAGUGCAGACGCAUGAAACUGGGAACAUUUUCAACCAAGACGUUUCUGAAGAUUCUCAUUCCAGUUUACCUUCCUGGUUCAGUAAUGAGGAAAACCUGGCAACCCCACAGAAUUCCAUCAAAGUGAAAUCUGAGUUCUCUGAAUUUGAAAUGAAAAUCGAUGAAGGAAAUGGGGGAGAAGAAGAAGAGCAGCAAUCAUCUAGGAGUGCAGGAAUAAAUUUCCAAGAGAGUGGUAGCUCCUCUUUGCCUUCAUUUGCUCAGCUGUCUGUUCGGUGCAGACUGCGCCAUAAACUAAACACACAGAAGAUGAAGAAAUCAACAGUAGGAUUAGAGCAUUUGACAGCAGCCUCUUUGCAGAGUUGUUCUCCUCCAGUUGUCAAAAAGAGAAGGAGAGGAGCUAUCAACACUGAUCAUCAAGUGUGUGAACGCAUCAUCCAACCUGGAGAGAAGCCCUAUUGUUGUUCUGAAUGUGGUAAACAAUUCUCAUUACUAAGCUAUCUUCAGAGACACAAAAGCAUCCACACUGGAUGGAAACCCCAUUGUUGUUCUGAAUGUGGUAAACAAUUCUCAUUACAAAGCUAUCUUCAGAGACACAAAAGAAUCCACAGUGAAUGGAAGCCCCAUUGUUGUUCUGAAUGUGGUAAGCAAUUCUUACUACAAAGUUCUCUACAGAGGCACAAAAGAAUCCACACUGGAGCGAAACCCUAUUCUUGUUCUGAAUGUGGCAAACGAUUCGCUUACAAUAGCUCUCUUCAGCGUCACACAGUAAUUCAUACGGGAGAAAAAUCAUAUUGCUGUUCUGAAUGUGGUAAACAAUUCUCAUUACUAAACUAUCUUCAGAGACACAAAAGAAUCCACACUCAAUGGACGCCCCAUAGUUGUUCUAAAUGUGGCAAACAAUUCUCAUUCCUAAGCUAUCUGCAGAAACACGAAAGAAUCCACACUGGAUGGAAGCCCCAUUGUUGUUCUGAAUGUGGUAAGCAAUUCUUACUACUAAGUAAUCUGCAGAGGCACAUGAGAAUCCACACUGGAGCGAAACCCUAUUCUUGUUCUGACUGUGGCAAACAAUUUGCUUACAAUAGCUCUCUUCAGCGUCACGCAGUAAUUCAUACAGGAGAAAAAUCGUAUUGCUGUUCUGAAUGUGGUAAACAGUUCUCACUACUGAGCCCUCUUCAGAGGCACAAAAGAAUCCACACUGGAGAAAAACCUUAUUGCUGUUCGGAGUGUGGCAAGAGCUUCUGUGACAGCAGCAGCUUACGUCAGCAUAUACGAAUUCAUGCUGGAGUGCAACCGUAUUGCUGUUCUGAAUGUGGUAAAAGAUUCUCACAGUUAAGCCAUUUUAAUAGGCACAGAAGAAUCCAUAGUGGAGAAAAGCCUUUUUGUUGUUCUCAAUGUGACCAAAGAUUCUCUGAUAAAAGUUCUCUUCGGUAUCACACUCUGGCUCAUACUGGAGAGAAGCCAUUUGGCUGUUCUGAAUGUGGCAAACAAUUCUCAAUACUAAGCAAUCUUCAGCGGCACAAGAGAACCCACACUGGAGAGAAACCAUUUGGCUGCUCUGAAUGUGGCAAACAAUUCUCAAUACUAAGCAAUCUUCAGCGGCACAAGAGGACCCACACUGGAGAAAAAAGAUGAAGCCAUAUUGCUGCUCUGAUUGUGGCAAAAAGAUAUUCCAGUAAGAGCGAUUUGUUUAAACAUACAAAAAUUCCCACUGGAGGGAAAUCCUGAGUAUUGUUCUAAAUAUGAUAUGCAAUUUUCAUUUUGAUGUAGGCUUCAUAUCCACUGGAGAAUUUGUACUGGAAAUGAGGAAUCCCUAAACAGUACAUCAGAAAGGUGGAGAAGGUGGGAGGAGUCAAGAAGUCACCUAUCUGACCACUCAGGUGUUGAUGUCUAACUUCAGGCGGUGGGCUGCACUGUGUAAAAUCUGUGCCAAGUCUAAUCAAAGUGUUAGUGUAAAAUAAUUAAAUAUAAAUUCAUACUUGCCACACAUCUCUCAGGAUAAAAAGGUGCCCAUCCUUUCCCCUGGUACUUGGGUAGAAGAUGGUUGUAAUGAUAGGGCAACAUCACUCUUCAGUGUGGCAUCCAGUCCCCCGAACAGUACUGCUGGGCCUUCCACUCUCUUGAACCCAAACUGUUGAUAGUCGUAAUCGAGAGGAGCCGGGCUAAUGAGGACACACACACAUGCAGCGAGGGGUAGGUGCAAAAUGUGUUUUAAUUAAAGUCAAAUGCUUUGCCCAUAAUAAAUAAAUGUGAUAAAAUUUGAAGUGAUUGUGGAGGUUCAACCAAAUCCAUGAAUCCAAUAAUUCAUUAAAAUUAGGUUAAAAUCACUAGGCAGGACACCUUUUCUUUAAACUCAGCGCCUGUAGACGGUUUGGGUCCCAGCUGUCCAUGGCUAACACACCAAACCUCAUUUCUUCUUAGGUUUGGGUCCUUAAAGCCAACUGUGGUCCCAGCAAGACGCUGCUCAAGUGUCCCCGUCCAAGACUUCCGCUUGCCCCUCACUGAUUUUGUACCGAGAGUCGCUAACCCCCUGAACAUGCUCAUCUGGGAGUGAUCAUCUUCAGCCCCCUGAGCAUUGGCCUAACACUCCACUAAGGGACUCUCCCACUCCUGCCUUCAUCCUUUUCCUUCUCUGUUCUUUCCUCCUUUCUCAUCUGUGCCACGCCAGCUCCUUUACUUUAGCAUGACUGGGCGCGGGUGAGAGACUCUGCUCCCUCUGUGCCACCUGCCUGACACUUUCAUUCACAUGUAUAGAUGCAGUCAGCCAGGCACCCCAACCUAAAGUGAAGCGCCUUCACACACACCUGUGCCCGAUCGGAGCCUGCACCUCAAUGGACACGAUUAUUAAUUUAAAAUCUGCCCAACACCAUGGCCCACUUGUGACAGGCAGGUGACAUUUGUCUGUCCUGUAAAGAGGCUGCCAAUUCAAAUAAGAACAUACAAUGUGUGCCAGGAAUGAACAGCUUGGCUUACUUCUCUUGGUCCUGUUUGUAAAGCCCUAAUAGUCCUCGGUUCUUCUACAGAUGGCAUUCUGACAACUGGCGUCAGUGUUGGCUCAGCUAUAACUGGCAGCUCUGAAGCACAAGGGACACAACCUGCAGUGGGGGUCUGUGCCAGCAGUAAAGUGAGCUCAGAGGUCUGGGGAAGAGUCUGGGAUUUAUUUUUCAUAUAAAUGAUCUUUAAAAAGCCUCUACACAAUAAUGAAAAUAAAUCAGAAAUAUAAAAUGGACUUCACAACCGUGAGCAGGCCCAUCCAGUAUUGUGCAGUAAAUCUCAUCACUACUAAAGAAAUAAAAGAAGAAGAAGAUUUGACAAAACGAAACUCCUUCUGGGAUGAAGAGAAUUGAAGAAAAGAUGAAAGACGCACAGAGAGACGACAUGAAUUGAUGCCUCCAAAUGAAGCAUUGAGAUCACAGAAAGUCCCAGUGCUGGAUGUUAACGUGUGAGGACCUCACCUUCACAAAGGCAAACGACAAACUCAAAGCACAAAGGCGGAGAAGACACUUAACAGAAAGUCAAAGAGAAGGUUCAGAGCAGACGAUUUUAGGAAACCCCCAUCAGACAAAAAGUUAAGUAGGGAGAAUAUCCUGAAAGUAACUCGAUCACCAGCCAAGAAUAAGAACUGAAGAAUUUUGGAGGAACAUUGAUGAUGAUGAUGAUGAUGAAGAACAUCACAAACAAGCAACGAGGAGAACCAAACUGCAGAGACGAGCAGAAGCCAUCCAAGCCCAGCAAAUGUCUGGGAGAGGUAAGAAACAAACUGGAAACUGCUGCUGAUGGAAAGACACCCGGUGAUCCAGACGCCAUACCAAAGUUCUGGUUAAAGGCGCUACAUAUCCUGGGUUACGGCUCCUGUUUAAAGUCCUUCAUUUUAUCCCUUCUGCUCUUUUUUCAUUAUUAUUCCUUGCAUUUGUAAUAUUUUUCUGUUCAUUUAUUGUUUAUUUCAUUGUGUAGACUUUUUCAUUUCAAAUCUCUUUACUGUUUAUAUCUAUAACUCUAUUCGCUGAUGUGCCAUGUGGCCUGUGGGUUGAUCCUCCAGAGGCGGGGCCACCCAUCCAUCACCAUUAAGACCCCGCCCCCAGGUCUCUAAAGGCAGGCUGGGAAUUGAAGUCCCUAGUCAUUCAUUUCAGUUGGGCUCUCUUUGUAAGUUUAAUUCUCUUUGAGAUUUUUGAUGUAUGUUUUUUUUUAACUUCCAGAUUGUGAUUUCUGGCAUUGCUACUGUAGCUAGGAUUUCUUUUUUUUUUCUUUUCUUUCAA